GAGCCCAAAAAGAAAAACAACGACAAUCUUCCAGAACGUACGCACCCAAGUUCGCCUUGUACUCCAGCUGCGAAUAGCCGUGCCGCAGCCGUGCCUGGCCUGUCCGGUCCCUUACACACAUCUCCCGGGCGCACUGCCGUGUUGGUCAUCGCUCCUAAAAAUAAACCAUUACCCCGUUUCAGCGGUCCGCUGUCAAAAACCCGUUAACGGGUGGUUUUGACGUUUGCCCGAUUUCGGCAUUCUUUCGCACGGUUCGCUCGCGGUGUCCGUCUGUUCUGUUCCCUGGCCUGUGGCCCCCGCCCCUACCGGAGGGAUUUCCCUGGCACUUGCCCGUCAACUCCCCCCUCAUUGUGAGUGCCCGUGUGCGUGGGUGUGCUUUUUGCUAUAUUUUUGCUAUUUGUUGUUGUUCUGCUCUCCGUGCACCAAAGGGCACACGCGUGAGCUUCAGCCAGUCUCGGGGCGUGGGGCGCGCACGGAAGUAUAUUUGGAUGGUUGGAGGCUGGCCGACGGCCGAACGCGUACACUAGGAUUUGGCAGGCAUCCGGCACGGAGCACCCGCAACCACUACUAAGCCAUGGCACUGAACCCGCAGUACGAGGAGAUCGGCAAAGGAUUCGUCACCCAGUACUACGCGCUGUUCGAUGACUCAACGCAACGGCCAACCCUGGUCAACCUGUACAAUGCGGAACUAUCCUUCAUGACGUUUGAAGGGCAACAGAUCCAGGGUGCGGCAAAGAUUCUCGAAAAGCUGCAGAGUCUCACGUUUCAAAACAUUACCCGUGUGCUGACGGCGGUCGACUCCCAGCCAAUGUUCGACGGCGGCGUGCUGAUAAACGUUCUCGGCAGAUUGCAAUGUGACGAUGAUCCACCGCACGCCUACUCCCAGACGUUCGUGCUGAAACCGAUCGGUGCGUCGUUCUUCUGUGCGCAUGACAUCUUCCGCCUUAAUAUCCACAACACCGCCUAAGUAUUGUCGGCACGCGUCAGGACGAACACAAAAUACACUACGGGGGACAAAUAGCCGCUUCUAUUGCCUGUAAACGCCGAGACAGCAACAACAGGCACAACAACAAAAAAAUCAAGCCGCCAGGAAAAGGAGAAUUUUGUUCACGCUAUAGUACAUCGUUGUGCCGGUUGAUCGUGAACGUGACGAUGGGGAACCGUUUUAUCGCUCUGACUCUCUCACACUGUGUUUCCUGCCGUCUUAAAAGGUUGGUUUUUUGGAAUCAAUAAACUAUGCUUUAUUAACAGCCUA